AACGGGGCUGUUCCCGAGGCUCUGACCUUCCCGCUGCCCUUGUAGGGCCGGAUGCUCCAUYGAUCUCAUUGAUCCCAUCCGGAUCCCGGCACUUCCCCCAUUCCCUUCUCACCAUUCCUGGGAUGAACCGGCCCCGAGAGCGUUCCUUGCUCCGGGAGCUCCCGAUCGUGUUUGGGAUUGGGAUUUGGGAUCGUGUUUGGGAUCGCGUUUGGGAUCGUGAUUUGGGGUCUAUCCCCCCCUUUCCCAACCCCUUUUCUCUCAUUUCUGCAGGGAAGCUCCGGGAAAGGCUCCGGGCGCAGCGACCCCGCCAUGGCCUCACCCCCCCCGGCCGCAGUAGCAGCGCCCCCGGAGUCCCCCAGCCCCGACCCUCUGGGGAUGGAGGAUCUGGGCCAGGCCUUCGACUUCGAGGACAGCGAGGAUGAGGAGGAUGAGGAUGAGGAGGAUUUGGGAUUGGCCGAUCCCGGGGCUGAUCCCGAUCCUGAUCCCGAUCCCGGGGCCGAUCCUGGAGCCGAUCCCGGCACUGACGUUCUCCAGGCGCCCCCGCGCCGGCGGCGCACACCCAGCUCCGCUGAGCUGGGGCCAGAGACCCCGCAAGGGUGAGUGGGGUUUGGGGUAU